GGGGAGCAGCACCGGCCCCGGAGCGGCAGCGGCCCCGGAGCGGCAGCGGCAGCGGCCCCGGGGCCAUGCGGGGCGCGCCCGGCUCCGCGCUGCGGGCGGCGCUGCCGCUGCUGGGCGCCGCCGUGUCCCUCUGCGCAGGCCUGCAGUGCGUGUGCCAGCUGUGCGAGCACACCAACUUCACCUGCCAGACGGAGGGCGCCUGCUGGGCCUCGGUGAUGAUGAGCAACGGGCGCGAGGAGGUGGUCAAGUCCUGCGUGUCCCUGCCCGAGCUCAACGCCCAGGUCUUCUGCCACAGCUCCAAGAACGUCACCAAGACCGAGUGCUGCUACACCGACUUCUGCAACAACAUCACGCUGCGCCUGCCGCUCGGUGAGUGCCGCAGCCUGGGCUCGGGGCUGGCUGGGCACACGGCGGGGUGCUCCAGCUGCUGCCAGAGAGCUCACCAUCAGCUGCAGCUCUGCCUAAACCCCAUAAACUGACAGCUCACCAUCGGCUGCAGCUCUGC